CUCUCGCUACUCCAGCGCCAGUUGCAGCGUAAGAGGCGAGGCGGAAGCAGCCGUGUGACCGCCUACCGGGGAACGAGUGCGGGGAAGAGGUUCCGCCCUUGGCGCCAGUUCCGCCUUUGGAUCCGCCAAUGACCAGCUGACCCGCGGUGCCGGGCCCGGUCACCAUGACAGCCAGGAGCGCUCGGGCUCUCAUUGGCUACGUCUGCCGGGGCGCCGCACCCCGGCGUUCCGACGUCGACGGCCGUGCCACGUACUCGGCUGUGGAUUGGCCCACACGGAAUCCGUCACUCUUCGCCCGGUUAGGCCUGAGUUCCGGGCCAGCUGCCCUCUAUCCCGCGUCGCGUCCGGGUUGUGGCGGCCCGGGGUUCGGCUUCAGGGCGGAUUCGACGGACAAGGUAGAGCCAGAGUUGGUCAGUCUGGCAGGUGAAGGGGUUGGGGACGGGCUCGCCGGCGUGAGUGUGUGGCAGGGGCCGGCCAGGCGGGCCGCGGACACCCCGGAGGCCGGAACUCGCGCCCCCGCCGCCCGCAGGUGCGAUGAAGGCACUGAUCUUGGUGGGUGGAUACGGGACGCGGCUGCGGCCGCUGACGCUGAGCAUCCCGAAGCCACUAGUGGACUUCUGCAAUAAGCCCAUCUUACUGCACCAAGUGGAGGCGCUGGCCGCGGCAGGUGUAGACCAUGUGAUCUUGGCGGUGAGCUACAUGUCUCAGGUGCUGGAGAAGGAAAUGAAGGCGCAGGAGCAGAGGCUAGGAAUCCGCAUCUCCAUGUCCCACGAAGAGGAGCCUCUGGGCACAGCCGGGCCCCUGGCACUGGCCCGUGACCUGCUCUCUGAGACUGCAGACCCUUUCUUCGUCCUCAACAGUGAUGUGAUCUGUGAUUUCCCCUUCCAAGCCAUGGUGCAGUUCCACCGGCACCAUGGUCAGGAAGGCUCCAUCCUGGUGACCAAAGUGGAGGAACCCUCUAAAUAUGGUGUGGUGGUAUGUGAGGCUGACACAGGCCGCAUUCACCGGUUCGUGGAGAAGCCACAGGUGUUUGUGUCCAACAAGAUCAACGCAGGCAUGUACAUCCUGAGCCCUGCAGUGCUGCGGCGCAUCCAGCUGCAACCUACAUCCAUUGAGAAGGAGAUCUUCCCUGUCAUGGCCAAGGAGGGUCAGCUAUAUGCCAUGGAGCUGCAGGGCUUCUGGAUGGACAUUGGGCAGCCCAAAGACUUCCUCACUGGCAUGUGCCUCUUCCUCCAGUCACUACGACAGAAGCAACCUGAGCAACUAUGCUCUGGUCCUGGCAUUGUGGGCAACGUGCUGGUGGACCCGAGCGCCCGCAUUGGCCAGAACUGCAGCAUUGGCCCCAACGUGAGCCUAGGCCCUGGUGUGGUGGUGGAGGAUGGCGUGUGUAUCCGGCGGUGCACAGUGCUUCGAGAUGCCCACAUCCGCUCCCACUCCUGGCUCGAGUCCUGUAUUGUGGGCUGGCGUUGCCGUGUGGGCCAGUGGGUGCGCAUGGAGAACGUGACGGUGCUGGGUGAGGACGUCAUAGUUAACGACGAGCUCUACCUCAACGGGGCCAGUGUACUGCCCCACAAGUCUAUUGGCGAGUCGGUGCCAGAACCUCGCAUCAUCAUGUGAAGAGAGGCCUUGGGGCAGUCUGAGCCCUUUUCCCCACUGGCAAGGGGAGUACUGGCGUGACCCAUCAGAACACUCUGGACUCAUUGCCAUUCAUCAGGAGAGGUUGAAGCUGUUGGACACCUGCCCUCCCCUGUGGACAAAAUCUGGCAACACCCUUGCAUAAUCUGGCAGCACCUGACAUACCCCACAAAGCCUACUCCUUCAAAAAGGGCCGGGCCGGGGCUGUAUGGAAUAAUAAUUUAAUGCUCACUGUG